AUGGACGGAAACUGGUCGUACCAUGUGGGCCUCAGAUCUCCCAACCUGACCAACACCACAGUUAAUUUGCAAGAGAACUUCGAGAUAGAUUUAGAGGACACAAACUGGAUUUUGACUUCCGCUUUCAUAAUAUUCACAAUGCAAACAGGUUUCGGCAUGCUGGAGUCUGGCUGUGUGUCUAUUAAGAAUGAAGCCAACAUAAUGAUGAAGAAUUUAGCUGACAUCUCUCUUGGAGGUCUGACAUACUGGAUAUUCGGCUACGGCAUGUCCUUCGGUGAGGGUCCCCUCUCGAACCCGUUUAUAGGCGUGGGCAACUUCUUGGUGGACCCACCGGUGGGCGACGCGCUGAUGGGGCCGGUGUUCGCCUCCUUUCUCUUCCAGUUGUCCUUCGCCACCACCGCCACCACUAUUGUAAGCGGCGCUAUGGCUGAGAGGUGUAAUUUCAAAGCCUACUGCCUUUUCUCCUUCCUGAACACAAUAGUUUACUGCGUACCAGCAGGUUGGGUGUGGGGAAAUCACGGCUUCCUGAACAAGUUAGGUGCUGUCGACAUCGCCGGGUCUGGACCGGUACAUUUGGUCGGUGGGGCUUCAGCUUUCGCAUCCGCUCUGAUGCUGGGCCCGCGUCUCGGGCGCUAUGCCAGGGGUCCGGCGCCACUCCCGCUGGGCAACCCAGUCAAUGCGGUGAUGGGCACCUUUGUGCUGUGGUGGGGCUGGCUGGCUUUCAACUCCGGUAGCACUUACGGCGUAAGCGGUGCAAAAUGGCAGUAUGCAGCGCGCGCGGCUGUGAUGACUAUGAUGGGUUCGUUUGGCGGUGGCUGCUUCGGGCUCCUAUUCAGUUUAAUCAAGAACAAAGGACGCGCAGAUGUGAUGGAGCUUAUAAACAGCGUUCUCGGAUCUCUCGUUUCCAUUACAGCUGGCUGUUUCCUGUUCCGCGCGUGGGAGUCCUUGGUGAUCGGUAUGAUCGGUGCCGCCAUAGCGUCGAUCGCUGCGCCCAUGUUUGACAAAAUGAAGGUCGACGACCCCGUCGGCGCUUCAGCGGUGCACGGUGCUUGUGGACUAUGGGGUGUGAUCGCAGUGGGACUCUUUGCAGACAAUCCGAUACCGAUGGACACUACCAACGGAAGAUCUGGACUUUUCAAAGGUGGCGGCUGGUACCUGCUGGGAGUACAGUCGCUGACCGGGCUGUGCCUGGCGACCUGGGGCGCGCUGGUGACGAUGGCGCUGCUGUGGCUGAUAGACCUGGUGCUGCCGAUACGCAUGGAGCCCUACGAGGAGCUGCUUGGCGCGGACCUCACGGAGCACAGGAUCAGACAUGGACAGGUGGGCAUCUCUAGGGCGGUCUCGGCACUGCGCCCCUACCACCGGUCGAGCAGCGUUGAGGGCGUAGGCAGCAUCGGCGUUAACACAGGACACAGUCUAGUGGUCGAUAAAUUGCAAGAGAUACAAAAUAAAAAAUGGAAAAACAAAUUUAGCGGCAAACUUCAAAUGUUUACCAAUGCCGGCUUCGUCGACGAAACCGAACGUGGCACUUUUAAAAACAAGGGAUUUCUAAACAAACGACCUGGCAACCCCGAGAACGAUCUCCACCGCGCUCUAGACUCUAUGGCCAACGAAAUCAACGGGUCGCAAUUUAAAAAUAGUACAAAACAAAACGGCAUAUUAAUCAGGGUCAUACCAGAGGAGUUAAAAGGGAAAAAGUUCAAAGAGCUGUCAGCGAGCGAGUUAGAAGAGUUAGGCGAAAUGAACGCAAGCGAGGACAGAUUUCGGUAUAGGUUUACAGAAGAAGAUUACAUCGACGAUGUUGAGAGAAGCAGAUCAGCAUCGGCCACCGUGCGGUGGAUCGAUUAGAGAGAAAAAUGUGGCACAUAGUAUUAUGACAUACCCUUUCUGUAGACACGGUAGAAGAUUUGCUCGCUAGCAACCGCUAGAAGUAGAGUAUGAAACUCUGUAUCUUCAGUGUAAAAUGGACCUAAUGUCACUUAACUAAAAUCGCAAAUCCUGUAUUUCUGAUUUUUGUUUUAUGAACGUCCUGUCAAAAGCCAGAGGAAAAGAAAGCAAAAGGCAUAGUAAGCAAAUUUGAGCUUUAACACAAUGCAAAUAAGAUCCAUUUUACUAUUCAAAUAUUUCGAUAUUAGAAAACGACUACUCGAUUGCGAGCGAGCAAAUCUUAUG